GCCCGUGCAUCUCCCGUCUCUGUUCACUCGACUGCCCAGUGGAUUGACUCAGUUCCGCGAGCGCAGUUGCUGAGGUAACACCGCGGCGUUACCUUCCCCCGUCUAAAAAACCCGUAGAAAAAAAAAGAAUAAAGAGCCAAACGGUCAGAGUGCCCUGUUAGCCGCGUAGCUCCGUAGGAAGCGAGUAAAAUCAUGGCGUCGGCGAAGAGAAAGCAGGACGAGAAGCAUCUCAAAAUCCUCCGCGAACUAGUGUCACAAGUUGGUAAUAAAGAGUGUUUCGAUUGCAGACAGCGUGGACCAACGUACGUAAACAUGACAAUUGGCUCGUUCGUCUGCACCUCAUGCUCCGGAAUGUUGAGAGGUUUGACACCUCCGCACAGAGUCAAAUCAAUCUCGAUGGCGACAUUUACCCAAGAGGAGAUUGAGUUCAUAAAGGAGAGGGGAAACGAGCACUGCAGAAGGAUAUGGCUGGGUCUGGUGAACGCAAAUAAUCAGCCGACCCUCGACACUAAGGACGAGCAAAAAAUGAAGGACCUCAUGACAGCCAAGUACGAGCUGAAGCGAUACUACUUGGACCCAUCAAUGGCCAGUGAUAAUUCCCCCCAAGCGGUCGACAAAAAUCGACAGUUUGUCGAGAAACUCUCGUUAAUGCCCAAAAGUCUAGCCGAGAAGUCCCCGAAAAAUCGUUCUCUCGACGCUAAUUCGUCGCAGAAUGCAAAUACACUGCAGAAUUCAAAUCAGAGGAAGGAGUUGAAUGGCGGACGAUCUAAUCAAAGUAUACCGAGAGUACCUAAUGUUGGCACACUGCCAGUGUUAUGUACGCCGAAUGGCAAGAAGAAAAAUGCCGAGCCUGUCGAUGCUUUUACCGCGAAUUUCGCUGACUUCAGCCGAGCCCAGGACUCAUUUGCCUCCACGCCGCGCUUCCCUCCGCCCAUCGAACAGCCGUCCUUCGCUAAUUUUGAUAAUAAUCCGGCGUUUGAUUCAACACAGAAUACUGACUUAUCAUCAGCACCGUUCACUCAAACCGGGAAAUCCUACAUGUCCAAUUUCAAUGGGAUCAACGCCCCACCAUCGGAGGACCGAUACGCAGCCUUGAAGGACUUGGACUCGAUGAUGAAAAAGACGCAGUUGAAAGAGGACACACCCACUGUGACAUCUCCGCCGUGGAUAACGAAUAACUCGAAUACAGGUCUCUGGGGCAAUGAACAGAGCCACGUUAUUUCAAACCCAUUCACAGGGACCGACUCGUGGCGACCAUCGCUACAUGUCAUGAACAAUAAUAAUAUGCAAUCUGUGGACAAUACGGUUUGCAGUCCUGCGAAUCCAUUUAGACAAAUGCAAUUCCCGGUUAACAAUGAAUCUCAAUGGAUAUCCUUUGGAUCUCAAAAUACCACGGAGGUACAUCCAUCUAGUCAAAUGAUGACUCCACUCCCCGGAAAAGUCUGGCAUCCGACAGUUACCGCUUAUCAGGCAAACCCUUUCAUGGUGGGCACUGGCGUGGGAAAUCCGGCAAGGAGUUCGAACAAUCCAUUUUUAUGAUUAGAAGCGAGGAAGAAUGUUCGAGUUGUGUGAGCUAAUGAACAAAAUUAAUGCAAUGCUGACGAAAAAUAAUCAAUUGAAAUUUUUAAAUCGUAUAUUCGUAGACUAGGAGAUGAGAUUUUUUCAAAAAAUAGUUUCUUGACAUGACUUUAUUGGCUGAGAACGCCGUUAACGUUUUUCUCUAAAAAAGCCUCUCUUUUAUCUUUUCGGCCUUAAUUUUUAAUUUUAAUUCACGUAAGGAACGAUAUGAAAAGAACCUAAAGUGAACUUAUUUAUGAAACUGACACACGUUGAAUAAAGAAAUUAAUAUUUGUUACUAAAUCAUGUGUUUUUUUUUAAUUCUCAGAAAACAGAAAUAAAAAUAAAAAUACGUAAAAGUGUCAAAUAUGAUUGAUGAGAGCUAAUGAUCAAAAUUAAUGCAAUGCUGACGAAAAAAUUUCAAUUGAAAUUUUUAAAUCGUAUAUUGGUAGAGUAGGAGAUGAGAUUCAUCAAAAAAUAGUUUCUUGACAUGACUUUAUUGGCUGAGAACGCCGUUAACGUUUUUCUCUAAAAAAGCCUCUCUUUUAUUUCUUCGGCCUUAAUUUUUAAUUUUAAUUCGCGUAAGAAACGAUAUGAAAAGAACCUAAAGUGAACUUAUUUAUGAAACUGACACACGUUGAAUAAAGAAAUUAAUAUUUGUUACUAAAUCAUGUGUUUUCUUUUAAUUCUCAGAAAACAGAAAUAGAAAUAAAAAUAGGUAAAAGUGUCAAAUAUGAUUGAUGGGAGCUAAUGAUCAAAAUUAAUGCAAUGCUGACAAAAAAAUUUCAAUUGAAAUUUUUAAAUCGUGUAUUGGUAGAGUAGGAGAUGAGAUUCAUCAAAAAAUAGUUUCUUGACAUGACUUUAUUGGCUGAGAACGGCAUUAACGUUUUUCUCUAAAAAAGCCUCUCUUUUAUUUCUUCGGCCUUAAUUUGUAAUUUUAAUUCGCAUAAGAAACGAUAUGAAAAGAACCUAAAGUGAACUUAUUUAUGAAACUGACACACGUUGAAUAAAGAAAUUAAUAUUUGUUACUAAAUCAUGUGUUUUUUUUUAAUUCUCAGAAAACAGAAAUAAAAAUAAAAAUACGUAAAAGUGUCAAAUAUGAUUGAUGAGAGCUAAUGAUCAAAAUUAAUGCAAUGCUGACGAAAAAAUUUCAAUUGAAAUUUUUAAAUCGUAUAUUGGUAGAGUAGGAGAUGAGAUUCAUCAAAAAAUAGUUUCUUGACAUGACUUUAUUGGCUGAGAACAUUAACGUUUUUCUCUAAAAAAGUCUCUCUUUUAUUUCUUCGGCCUCAAUUUUUAAUUUUAAUUCGCGUAAGAAACGAUAUGAAAAGAACCUAAAGUGAACUUAUUUAUGAAACUAUUAUAAACGUUGAAUAAAGAAAUUAAUAUUUGUUAUUAAA